AUGACGUGCAAGUUCCCGCGCGGCGUUCCCGCACCUCAACCCUCCUCGGCCGCAUACCACCACCUCAGCUACCCCCGACACAACCCCAGCAACAUGAAGUACAUCGAGAUGACCGAGCUGUCCCGCCUCGCCCAGGCGCUGACCCACGAGGGCCCCGAGUGCUCCGUGCACACGCGCAUAGAGGCGUACAGCUGCAAGAACAUCAAGCGCGACAAGAAGCUCUUCCGCUCGCUCGAGUCCGCGUACGCCGACGAGGUCUCGCACUCGCCCCCGCUCCCCUCCGACAUGGCGCUCGACCGGGAGUCCGAGAUGACGCCCUUCGGACCUAUGCAGGAGAGCCAGUCGCGGAAGACGCUCUACACGCUUAUCGCGACGCUCAACGUCGCCUUCCCGGACCACGAGUUCUCCGACGUCCGGCCUUACCACUUUAAUCGCGAGGAGAGCGGCGCGAGCGUCCUCAACGCGCUUAGCACGACGUUGGUCUCACCUCAACGGUCCGGGCUGCAUGCGCCCCGUACGUACUCCUCUUACCCACCAUCGUCGUCGGAUAUCUUCCCCUCCUCUGUACCGACAUCCUCGUCGCCGCUCGACUUCUACAUCCGUCCAAGUCCUCGCGCGCCGUCCAAAGCUCAGUCAGGCACCCACCCGACCCUAUACGGCGCGCUCGACAAGGCAAUACAACUCGCCGACUGCGAGGUGUACUCGUACACACCCGACAUCGAGUUCGACCCUCACGCGAACGAUGAAGACGACGAGGACGACGUCCCUGCAGGCGAAGAGUCCGACGACGACGACGGUGUGCAGUUUCAGUUUGACGACUACGACGUCGACGAGGCGCCUGCACGGCGGAGGAGUACUGGCUCGAGCGAUGAAACCGGAGGGAUUAUGCGCGGGCGGCCUAUACGGCGGCGUGGCGCGCUGCUCUGGAGCUCGCACUGGUUCUUCUUGAACCGGAAGCUGAAGCGCAUCCUGUUCAUCUCCGUGUGGGCACGGUCGAAGGGCGUCUCAUCGUGGACGGGAGAGGACUUCGCCUACGGUUCGCCGGAGAAGGUCUCGAGCGAGCGCUUCCUAGGAUGGGAGGGCGCAAUCGGAGCCGGGGCGCGAGCGAUGGGCCUGAGUGCGAGUGCGAACCUGUGAGCACCCGCAUGUACCGACGCGAGACGAGAUACUGCCAUGGUACGUACAUCGCUGCGACGCGAACAUCUUCGUGGCUGAACUGUGUGCUCAGCGAAUACGACGGUUUCGCUUAUGCCACAGCUACGUAUGCCCUACAUCUCCUGCUUGCCACGCUUCGUGGACGAUAUUCCCUUUUCUUCCUUCCGGUCUGUGUAUAUUUUGAGCCUUAUCGUCUGUAUAUCAUAUUAUUGUGGACCUUUAACAGCCUACCUUAUGUAUUGGGGAACGAUGUUGAGCGUCUCAUGUUCCUGUAGUCUCUUCUACCCAUAGGUAUGACCAGAACGUUGGUCGUUAUGCGAAUCUACUGUCUUCCUGAG